AUGCGAGCGCUGUUCAGUGAGUACCUGUGUUGUCAAGAGGAUUGGAUGGCCUCAUCCCUGGUCAUGACAGAAUCCCAAGAAGAUAGUGAAACCACUGGUGGCCGCUUCAGUUGGCUGACCAAACCGGAUCUCUUGGUGAAGUAUCACAACAACUCUGCGAUUGUCCAGGAGUUGAUCGCUGGGAAGUUGGUGAGUGGUCAGUGGAAGGAGCAUCCGGAAUUUCCAGGGAACCAGGAAAUGCGACUCUAUCGUGUGUGGAUGGAAGAUUAUGAGGUCAAUGAGAAUCGCCACAGCCGGAAUCUGUCGCACGUUCGGGAAACUGAGGGGUCCUAUGAGGGGAUUGACGCUUCAGCACUUGGGGGCGCAGUUCCUAACUCCAACAACAGCAGCACCCCUGGAAUCCCAAAAGAGAAGAAGGAGAAAAAGGAGAAAACCGAUGAUCAACUUGCACGAGCUGCAAUCGUCAAGGUGAACGCAAAUCUCUUGGAGAUCAGUCAGUGGGAGUUCAAACUCAAAACCGCAGGGGUGGCACCUGUGGUUGCUACGGCCUUCGUCAGCCAAAUGCAAACUGAAGAACAGAAUCUCCGAGAGGCAAAAAGCGCCUUGGAAAAUGCAUUGGCUGGUGGGCGUCCUUUGAAGGACGUAACUGACCGGCUCGAUGCUGCCAACACUCAGUAUCGAGGAGCAUCUGUGCAGAUCCGCAAGCAUGCUACUGUGCCAAAGGCCAGAGCUGCAAAGGCUAAGGCCAAAGGAGCUGCUGCUCCAAAUGGUGCAGCUUAA